AUGCGUUUCGCUUUGGCAUUUCUCGUAAUCUGCUGCCUAGUUUGUUGCCUGACUCAGGUCCAGGCUCAGACGGGGUCAACAACAGUAGCAGGAGAAGCAGCAACAGCCGCGCCUACAACAGCAGCGGCGGCAACAACAACAACAGCAGCAACAACUGCGGCAACAACAGCAACAACUACAACGACAGCAGCAAGCACAUCCAACACAGCCGCACGUCUACGCGCCCUGCGUCGCAAGCUGAAGCGCCGCCGGCGCCAGCAGCAAAAGCAGCAGAAGAAGCAGAAGAAGCAGAAGCAGCGCAAGCAGCGCAGGCGCAAACAGCAGCGACGCAGGCGCCAGCAGCAGCAGCGCAGGCGCAGAGGCUGA